AUCAGUGUCAGCACGUGGCACAGCCGCCCGCACCCCACUUAUCUCCCCACAGAGGGGAUGGGGCGCUCGGAGCAAAUCUCAUUGGUGAAGUUGUGUGUGCACUGCUUUUUUUAUAGAACCGCUUCCUUUCGGUUUAACUCUGCCGGGGUCUGCGGAGAGCAGCGCCGGCUGUGAGCAGCUUUGUUUUGAUGGCCCCUUGGCGGGUGGGAGGCCUGCCCCGUGAGCAACUCUCCUAAGAUGUUUCACGGAGGAGACGGCAGCGAGGAUGAGGAUGGGGAGAAGGCUCCUGAGAGCCCCGGCGGCCACCAUGGCGAGGCCUCCCCAGGGCUCCUGUCUCAGACCAUGAAUUACGUGGGCCAGCUGGCCGGGCAGGUGCUCGUCACCGUGAAGGAGCUGUACAAGGGCAUCAACCAGGCCACCCUGUCCGGCUGCAUCGACGUGGUGGUGGUGCGGCAGCAGGACGGCACCUACCAGUGCUCGCCCUUCCACGUGCGCUUCGGGAAGCUGGGCGUCCUGCGCUCCAAGGAGAAAGUGAUUGACAUCGAAAUCAAUGGCAGCGCGGUGGAUCUUCACAUGAAGUUGGGUGACAAUGGAGAAGCCUUCUUUGUGGAGGAGACGGGAGAGGAGUAUGAAAAGCUACCUGCUUACCUGGCCACCUCCCCGAUCCCCACGGAAGACCAGUUCUUUAAGGAUAUUGAUGCUCCUGUGGGGAAGUCAGAAGGAGACGCGAGACCGCCCCAGAGCCUGGACGUCUCGCACAUCCUGGAAACGGAGACAAUGUUCGCUCCCAGUGCUGUGAAAAAGAAAAAGCGGAGGAGAAAGAAGUGCAAGCAGGAGAGUAAGAAGGAGGAGCUGGCGGUGCCCCCCACUGCGGAGGACAUGCGGGACAUGGCCCUGAGCUCCGACGACGAAAAGGCAGCCCAGGCAGCCAGAGGAUCUUCAAGUACUUCCUUAAAAGAAGACGAGUAUGAGGAACCUUUGCUCUUCCGCGCUGGGGAUCACUACGCCUUAUCCGAUGGAGAUUGGUCCCCACGAGAGAACGCCUACCCCCAUGUGGUGUGUCCUAAGAGCGAUUCGGAGCUGGAGGUGAAGCCAUCGGAGAGCCUGCUGCGGUCCGAGUCGCACAUGGAGUGGACGUGGGGCGGCUUCCCGGAGUCCACCAAGGUCAGCAAAAGGGAAAGGGCUGACUAUCACCCUCGGACCGCCACGAUCACCCCUUCCGAAAAGACCCACUUCCGGGUCAUCCCGAGUGAGGACAGCCCGCCCCCCGAUGAGGAUGAGGAGGGCCCGGUGCUCGCCAUCGUGAAGCCCACGCCCAGGGCCGCGUCUGCAUCCAUGUCUGACCCAGUUUGCAGGGCUGCGUGGCCUGUGUGCGCCCUGCCCGCGCUGGCUUUGGGGCCAGCGGCCUCUGGGGCUCCGCACAGGGUGGAGAGCACAGCCACUGCCUCAGCCCCGGUGCCGGGCUCCGAUGCGGCUGCAGAGGCCUCUUGUGCGGUGCGCAUCCUUAUGUCUCCACGCCCCCAACACACAGGUGUCCACAAGAGGAGCCAGCACCAGGGCCCGGACGACAUCUACCUGGAUGACCUGAAGGGGCUGGAGCCUGAGGUGGCCGCGCUGUACUUCCCCAAGAGUGACACGGAGCCCGGCUCCAGGCAGUGGCCCGAGUCCGACACGCUGUCCGGCUCCCAGUCCCCGCAGUCGGUGGGCAGCGCGGCGGCGGACAGCGGCACCGAGUGCCUCUCGGACUCCGCCAUGGACCUGCCUGACGUCACGCUGUCCCUCUGCGGGGGCCUCAGCGACAAUGGGGAGAUUUCGAAAGAAAAAUUCAUGGAGCACAUCAUUACCUAUCACGAGUUUGCAGAAAACCCUGGACUUAUAGAUAACCCCAACCUCGUCAUACGGAUUUACAACCGGUACUAUAACUGGGCGUUGGCUGCUCCCAUGAUCCUCAGCCUGCAGGUGUUCCAGAAGAGUCUGCCAAAGGCCACAGUCGAGUCCUGGGUCAAGGACAAGAUGCCAAAGAAGUCCGGGCGCUGGUGGUUUUGGCGGAAGCGGGAAAGCAUGGCCAAGCAGCUUCCAGAGGCCAAGGAGGGGAAGUCAGAGGUGUCCCAGGCCAGCGACCUGCCCUCGAGCGCCAUGCAGCCCCCCAGCUCCAGGCUGACCGAGGAGGACACAUCAAGUGAUGAGGGCUCCCAGGAGCUCGAGGAGUCGCUGGCUGUGGAGCCGCUGCCCGCGGAGGUCCCCGGCCACAGCAGCAGCCCCUCGUAUAGGAAGUCGCUUCGGCUCUCCUCGGACCAGAUCGCGAAACUGCAGCUGCAGGAUGGCCCCAACGACAUCGUGUUCAGUAUCACAACUCAGUACCAAGGCACCUGCCGCUGCGCGGGCACCAUUUACCUGUGGGACUGGAGCGACAAGAUCGUCAUUUCCGACAUCGACGGGACCAUCACCAAGUCCGACGCCCUGGGCCAGAUUCUGCCGCAGCUGGGCAAAGACUGGACGCACCAGGGCAUAGCGAAGCUCUACCACUCCAUCAACGAGAACGGCUACAAGUUCCUGUACUGCUCUGCGCGCGCCAUCGGCAUGGCCGACAUGACCCGCGGCUACCUGCACUGGGUCAACGACAAGGGCACCAUCCUGCCACGAGGCCCCCUCAUGCUGUCGCCCAGCAGCCUGUUCUCCGCCUUUCACAGGGAGGUGAUAGAAAAGAAGCCGGAGAAGUUCAAAGUCGAGUGUCUGAACGACAUCAGGAACCUGUUCGCCCCGUCCAGGCAGCCCUUCUAUGCCGCCUUCGGAAACCGGCCCAACGACGUCUACGCUUACACACAGGUUGGGGUCCCAGACUGCAGGAUCUUCACCGUGAACCCCAAGGGGGAGCUGAUCCAGGAGAGGACCAAGGGGAACAAAUCCUCGUACCACAGGCUCAGUGAGCUGGUGGAGCACGUGUUCCCGCUGCUCAGCAAGGAGCAGAACUCUGCCUUCCCGUGCCCCGAGUUCAGCUCCUUCUGCUACUGGAGGGACCCCAUCCCCGCUGCGGACCUGGACGACCUGGCCUGAGGCCGGUGCCUCCCCGGCCGCUCCUCAGGAGCGCGGCUGGACCAGCGUGUGGGUGCCAAGCGUCACACCUGGCCAUGGACUGCCACCAACUCCACCUUGCACGCUGUCCCUGAGCUCUGCUGUCCUGACUGGCUCAGACUGUGCCUGGACGGGCCCGGAGGAGUGGCCCCCGUCCUUCCCUCCGCUGGGCCCUGGUCAGGGACAGGAUUCCUGAUCUGCCCUUCAGGUCUGUCAGGAAGCAGGUGACACUCACUCCAGGGUCAGCGGCCCUGGUCCUGCACCUGGGGUCUUGUGGGAGCCUGUGAGGCCACGGGGACGCAGGGCCCUGUGUGUGACUGCAGCACGCGCAGUCUGGCCGUGACCAGCUCGUGUCGUUGCCAUCAGCAAGGGCUGGUAACCCCUGAGAGUCACUGGGGGUGGCGCCCGGGGCCUGGUCCUGCCUUGGAGACUGCAGGAAAGCGAGGUUUCGGCGGGGAGGUCCGGGGUUGGUGUCAUUCCUGGCUCUGUGUGUCCCCACGGUCACAUGGGGGCUUCCUGGAUGAGAGGGCGCACUGGGCAGGCUGGUGGCCGUCCCAGGUCGGAGCCGCGUCCCUCAGACGCCUGUCUGGAGGAGCUGCUGUCCAGGUGCCCAGUCCUGGCAUUGGUAGCUCUGCCCCUUGGUGUGGGGAGGGGUCGUGGCUCCCCGUGAGGCCCCAAGCAGUUCCCCUGGCGCAGGUGCCCGCGUCCUUUUGGCUGCCUGCCGUGGGCAGGAGCCGACACCCACACCAUCCCCUCGCUUCCACGGUGCUGUGUGGCUGAGGGCACUCGGCCCCUUUCUCGAUGAGAGCUCUGUCCUGGACUCCAGGCCUCGCGGGUCCCUGCCUGGCUGUGGACGUAGCCCGUCCCUGUGUCCACCCCUGCUGUCGCGUACAGGGAGGACGGCAGCUGCACCGGUGCCGAAGUGCAGUGAGGAUCACGUCUGUGCUGGAAACCAUAGCCAUUUGGUACAAAUGACAUUUGUUCUUUCUGUGAAAGAGAGAGGCCCUGCCUCCCUGCAUUUGCACACGACCUGGCCUGCAGGUGCGGGGACUGUUGCGUGGAGCUCGCCCACCCCACGGCUUCCACCUGGAGGGCGACCACAGGGGGACAGUUAGGGCGG